AUUGGGUGCCGGGUUUCUAGAUAAGACAAUCAGCGUCGCCGACGUCCCGGUUCUGAAGCCCCCGGUCACCUACCUGGACUCAGAUUCUCCCCGGACGCGGAGGCUGGGGUCAUGGCGACCCGAACCCUCCUUCUGCUGCUCUCAGGGGCCCUGGCCCUGAUCAAGACCUCGGCGAGCUCCCACUCCGUGAACAUUUUUCUCACCACCGUGUCCCGGCCCGGCCGCGGGGAGCCCCGCUUCAUAACCGUGGGCUACGUGGACGACAUGCAGUUCCUGCGGUUCGACAGCGACUCCGCGAUUCCUAGAGCUGAGCCGCGGGCGCCCUGGGCGGAGCAGGAGGGGCCGGAGUAUUGGGAAGGGUUGACACAGGGACUCAAGGCCUGCGCACAGACUUGCCGAGUGAGACUGCGGGACAUACGGGGCUCCUACAACCAGAGCGAGGCCGGGUCUCACACCCUCCAGACGUUGUUUGGCUGCGACCUGGGGCCCGAUGCGCGCCUCCUCCGCGGGUACUGCCGCAUAGCCUACGACGGCAAGGAUCACAUCGCCCUGAACGAGGACCUGCGCUCCUGGACAGCCGCAGACACGGCGGCUCAGGUCACCCAGCACAAGUUGGAGGCAGAGAAAUAUGCAGAGCAGUUGAGGGCACAGCUGGAGGGGGACUGCGUGGAGAUGCUCAAAAGAUUCUUGGAGAACGGGAAGGAGACGCUGGAGGCUGCAGAACCCCCAAAGACACAUGUGACCCACCACCCCAUCGCUGACCAUGAGGCCACCCUGAGGUGCUGGGCCCUGGGCUUCUACCCUGCGGAGAUCACACUGACCUGGCAGCGGGAUGGAGAGGACCAAACUCAGGACACGGAGCUUGUGGAGACCAGGCCAGCAGGGGAUGGAACCUUCCAGAAGUGGGCAGCUGUGGUGGUGCCUUCUGGAGAAGAGCAGAGAUACACGUGCCAUGUGCAGCACAAGGGGCUGCCCGAGCCCCUCACCCUGAGAUGGGAGCCAUCUUCCCAGCCCACCAUCCCCAUCGUGGGCGUCGUUGCUGUGGCUGUCCUAGGAGCUGUGGUCAUCGGAGCUGUGGUCACUGCUGUGAUGUGGAGAAGGAAGAGCUCAGGACAUUUUCUUCCCACAGGUAGAAAAGGAGGGAGCUACUCUCAGGCUGCGUGCAGUGACAGUGCCCAGGGCUCUGAUGUGUCUCUCACAGCUUGUAAAGCCUGAGACAGCUGCUUGUGUGGGACUGAGAUGCCGGAUUUCUUCACGCCUCCCCUGUGUGACUUCAAGAGCCUCUGGCAUCUCUUUCCGCAAAGGCAUCUGAAUGUGUCUGCGUCCCUGUUAGCAUAAUGUGAGGAGGUGCAGAGACAGCCCACCCCGUGUCCACCAUGACCCCUGUCCCCACGCUGACCUGUGUUCCCUCCUCCACAGUCAUCUUUCCUGUUCCAGAGAGGUGGGGCAUGGUGUUUCUAUCUCUGUCUCAACUUCAUGGUGCCCUGAGGUGCAAUCGCCUACUUCCCUGUGGAAAACAAAAAUCUGAAUAUAAAUGUGUUUUCUCAACUAUUUUCCAUGAGAGGUUGAUGGGUUAAUUAAAUAAGUCAAUUCCUAAAAUUUGAGAGAGGAAAUAAAGACCUCAGAACUUUCCAGAAUCCA